ACAAUGGCAAACCUUGAGACGCCAAAAUAUUUUUCAACUAUUAGUUUCCUGGCGCUUACAACUUUCGCGCUUUUUAUCCCUGCGACAUGUGUAAACAUACCGUUGGACAGUGAUCCGGAACUUCUCAAACAAAGUGCACUAGAUUAUUUAAAUGAUAAUUCUCCGACCGGCAACACUUAUAAAAACGGAGAUUUAAUCAGAGCUGAGAAAUUGCAUGGCAACAUUGCACCGUCGCGAUCCACCCUCCUUAAUCGUAGCGGACUCCGUCGCCAAAGGAGCGCGGCGAGCUCGAAGAAAAAGUUCCAACUGGAAGCAGGCUACAAAAUCUACAGGCUGAUGUUGAAUUUGGAACCAAACUGUGUCGACGAUUCGUCGUGUCUUCACGAGGUUUGUGCUCUGGAGUUGCGUCAACAGGAGCUCGGAGUGACGGACGUCAGACCAGACUCGAUCCAGUGCAUGUAUUUGUAUCCGCAAUCCGAUGAAGCGGAGACGCAGCAACAGACGACGCAAGAUGGAGGUCAAAGCAACAGUACGAAUACGCUUGAGCCGGAUACGACGGAGACGUUUGAAAAGCGGAACAGAGAUUCGAGUUUGCAGUUGGAUCACGAGGUGCAAACGGUGGCCGAUGGGAACGAGCGACCUUUCAUAGCGGUUCGAGCAACGGACAAAAAUUAUUGCGCGGGCUGCCCUUACGAAUUGAGUCCGACGUUGCCGGGCUUGGCAGCUUACGGCGAACAAGUCGCACAGUCUAUGGACGAAGCUGGAGGCAGUGAUUCCAAGCACAAGGUGAUAAGGAUCGUCAGAGUGACGCGCGCCGUUCCGCCCGGUUCGAACGUCGUGUUGUACGAACUCUUGCUCGAAAUCGGGGAAACGAAUUGCCUCAGAAUCGCCGUGUCACCGCGCAGUGACUGCAAGCUUUUGCAAAACACCCCGGUAAAAUUGUGCCUCGUCACCUUCGAGCAACGACCCUGGCAAAAAGACAGCCAGAAAAUCGUCCGCAACAAUUGCACCGAUUUACCCGAGAGCUACAAUGCCCUGACCGAUCCGUUGGUCGGCGAACCUGUCGUCACCGGGGACGCUCUGUACCUCAGCGAAACAAGCUCCGGACAGGAGACCCAAUUCGCAUCUCCCUACGCCAGUUCCGUCGAUGAUUUUCCUUCCGUCAGUCAAAAAACUUCUACCCCUGAUCAAGCCAACACCAGGCGACCCGUUGUCGAAGAAACUGCCACGAAAACCCUCGUCGAAACGAAUAACGCGAAUGUCAACGAGCCCCAAGGCUUCCAGGACAAGUACAAAGCGUUUGACGAGUUCCUCGAGAACAUCGAUUUUUAUAAACCUGCUAAACAGUCCGAGCCCUCGCCCACCGAUCCUCGAACUCCCGUUCAGGAGGAUAUUGUUCGCCAGGAAGUUGUCGUCAGAAGCAACUCCAAUGGCCAGCAGGAAAGAACGGACAGUCGUGACGAACACAAUGUUCAACGUGCCCGAAGAUCCUUGUCGGAUACUUUGGGAAAGGAGAAAAAUCUUGUUAGACAAUUGGCACUCAAGGUGCUCGAUGAGUUCGACCAGAUCGACGCUGAUAAUAAGAAAAGAGUCCUCUUGGAUAUAAUCGACUCGAAAAAACAACCUGGCGACGAUACCGUUUAUUACAUCACGAUGAAAGCCGCAAAAAGCAGUUGCUUCGAAGGCACUAACGAGUGUGCGGAUGAUGCUCCGGAAACUGUCAAAAUUUGCAAAGCUCAGAUCCAAACGGACCGAUCCAAGUCAUCCGAGACUGCCAAAGUCUAUCAAUCACAGUGCUUCGAUGAGACGAAAUCACUCGAUGCUAGAUUCAAAAGACAACUCGUUGGUGGGUGGAAAAACUUGAGCAGCGAUGAUCCUGAAGUCAAAGAUUUGGGGAGAAAAGUGCUGCGCCAGUAUUCCAAAUCUUAUGGAGGCUCGAACGAACCCCUUUUAGUUAGCAUCGUCGAUCCAAAGGCUCAAGUUGUGUCAGGAAUGAAGUACCAAAUGACUGUCAGAUUCGGUGAGAGCACUUGCUCCAAGGGCCAACAAGGGGAUCAUUGUCUACUGAAGAGCAACAGCCCCUUGGAAGAAUACUUUGUCACUAUCUGGUCACAGCCGUGGAAAGAUAAUGGCAAUCCUAAAAUCUCUAUCGUUUCAACGAAAGAUAAAAGCCUUGAUAGAGUUCGCAGAUCAGGCACGAUACCUGGGGGAGUAACUCCUGUCGAUAAGGAGGAUACAAAAAUUCAGAAGUAUGCCGAAGAAGGCUUGAGAAAAUUACCAGAAACUUUUGGUCUGUCGUACGAGCCAUAUUUGGUUAAAAUAGUGGAAUCGACGGAGCAAGUGGUCGCUGGUACUUUAAACAAAAUACGAAUUCGCGUGGGCGAAAGUACGUGCCCCAGAGGCGUUAAAGACAAUUGUCAAUUGAAGGCGGACAGGCCGAUUGAGGAGUACGAAGUGACUGUUUGGUCACAACCGUGGCUCGACAAAGGCCACCCAGACAUUCAAGUCAACGUGUAUUCGGACCAGAAAAAAGUCUCAAAGAGGUCUCUUCGGGGUCAACAUUACAGUGAGAAUAUGCUCAAGAUCGCAGAGACUCUCAGGGUCGAGAGAGCUUUCGAGGAGUUCAUAGGUGACCAUGGAAAGGUUUAUAAAUCUGAGGAGGAGAAAAAUUAUAGAUUCAAAAUAUUUCAGGCUAAUAUGAAAAGAAUCGAGGAAUUAAGAGAAAAAGAAGAAGGAACCGGCGUUUAUGGAGCUACGAAAUUCGCUGAUCUCACACCCGAUGAAUUUAGAUCGAGACAUUUGGGUCUGAGGCCGGAUUUAAGAACAGACAAUGAUAUACCCUUGCCAAAAGCUGAAAUACCGGAUAUCGAAUUACCCGAAUCGUUUGAUUGGCGUACUCGAAACGUCGUUACCGAAGUUAAGGAUCAAGGAUCUUGUGGCUCCUGCUGGGCUUUCUCAGUAACCGGAAACAUUGAAGCUCUCAAUGCCAUUAAGCACGGUGAAUUGUUGUCACUCUCGGAACAAGAGCUUGUCGACUGUGACAAAAUGGAUUCCGGAUGCAAUGGUGGAUUACCAGACGUCGCGUAUCGCGCUCUCGAACAACUAGGUGGCCUCGAACUCGAAGAUGAUUAUCCGUACGACGGCAAAGAUGAAAAAUGCCAUUUUAACAAGAAGAAGGCUCGAGUCCAAGUCCUUUCCGGACUGAACAUCACCUCGGACGAAACUGAAAUGGCAAAGUGGCUCGUUCAAAACGGCCCGAUAAGCAUCGGUAUCAAUGCCAAUGCUAUGCAAUUCUACAUGGGCGGAAUCUCUCAUCCGUGGAAAGUUCUCUGCAGCGGAGAUAAUCUCGAUCAUGGCGUUCUCAUCGUUGGCUUCGGAGUUCACACUUAUCCGUUAUUCAAAAGAACCAUGCCUUUUUGGAUAAUAAAGAACAGUUGGGGUCCAAAUUGGGGAGAACAGGGAUACUACAGAGUUUAUCGUGGCGAUGGAACCUGCGGACUGAACAGGAUGGCGACGAGUGCAGUUAUCGCUUAAUUAAAAUGCAUUGAGCAAAAUCGAAUUAGAUUAAUCGAAAUCGCUAGAGCGUCAAUUAACAAGAAAAUCUUUAUUCUCAAUCCAUUUUAGUAAACUAACAUAUCAAGGGCUCUCUAUCAGGGAAAACAUAGCGAUGAGGAGAGAUUUUGUUUCUGUGGUGGAAUGUGUCGCAGGAGAGACAUUUUAUAAUUUUGCUACAAUAUUUUUUUAAAAAAUAUUUGGGCUAUUCGAAUGGAAGAAUUUGAAAAUAAUUUCUCGUUUGGCUGCUAAUUUUCGUAGAUAUUCAAAAAGUCGAUUUCGAAGUGAUUAAUAGAAAAACUGUUAUAGUUGCACGAUUAAAAGAACUUUGUCCAUAAAUCCGAUCGAAAAUCGGAGAGAUUCUUUUCUCAUUCGUAUCCGCUACGUCUUCAACAGCAAACUUUCGCCAAAAUAUUAUUUGUGCUCCUAUUGCUUCAAUAGAGUUGUAAGCUUUUUUCGACCCAAUUUCCAAGGAUAGGCUAAUUUUAUACAUUAUUAUACACGCGCUUUUUCGCGAUUAUAAUUGUUAGAAGUGCGCGCAAAUACAAUCCAGAAAUUAUACGAAAUUGUAUUAUCAGUCAUAGAAUGAAGAUAAAGAGGAUGGAUCAGUCGGUAUAUCGCGACCGUGAGUGCGAGAGAGAUAGCUGCAAAUUUCGAAAUCGAAAUUCUUUGGCACAGUUUGACCGAUUAAAAAAAGGCUCUGUCAGUCGAUUUUUGCCAUCGUUCUGCGUAGGCUGACAGAGCCUUUUUUUAAUCAGUCAAACUGUGUCAAAGAAUUUCGAUUUCGAAAAUUCCAAGUGAGGUUAGUCGACUGAUCCAUAAGGAGAAAACAGGGUGACUUUCGUGUCGGAUUACCAUUCGAUCGAAUUUAUUCUGAAUCGCUCUUUCAUCAGACUUUUUUACGCCUGUCAAAAAACGAAAGCACGAAAGCAGGAUCCAUGAAUGUAACGCGACGCCGAUAAUUCUUUCGACAAACAUGUGUCGCGAAAAAAAAAUAAAAAUAGAGCAAUCAUUGAUCAUUAUGUGGGCGUUUUUCGUAUCGUUUUUCUUUUCUUUUUCAACGGAUGUGAAACUUUGUGCGGAUCAGAAUGAUGAGUUAUAAUUUAUUGCACACCCAUUUGGCCAAGUGAUAAAUUGAUGCAGAGCCCGUUACAAGUGUCAUCAUCGAAUCCCGAUUAUUUUUCGUUCAGUAUCCUGAAUAUGUGAUAUUUUUUGAAUUAUUAAGUACGAAGAAACACAUCGGUUCAAAUAUGGCGUGUAUUUUUGGACUGUUUUGUCUUCUUUCUCAUUUUACAUGCCUUAAAAAAUGACGUGGUAAUAAAGUCUGAUUGUCAGGAUAAACGAAA